AUUUUUGACCCUGCAGAACACCAACGGCAAUUGGUUUAUUCGCCACCCCUGGGCCUCCUCGCGGCAAAUCUAAUCAAAUCUAACACCUGCUAGAGUGAAGGUAUCAAUACCAGUACCACACCAUCUCAUUUGCGCUAUGCUGACCUAAACAGGUCAUUACUAAACGCGUGUUCACUUGCAUACAGGGUUUAAAGCAAAAGGGCGAUUUGGAUGUAUAAACCCGUGUGUGCCUUUGCACGUGACUAGCACGGUUGGAUACGUACGGUGCGAAAUAAGUUCAGCAUACAUAUACACAAGUGUGUGUGUGGUAAGAAAUCACUGAUCAAACACCAAAGUCAAUCACUCAGACACAAAGUUAAGGGGUCCUAUCUUAUAUUCCCGUUCACAUCAUUUGCAAGCGUACACAAAGAAGUGUCUCCAUUCAGCAAGUCCUCUGUCCACCCCAAGAGUGAACGGACAAGGGACAUGGCUGUAAGUUGGUUUAAUGGUGCACUCAUAGCUGGGAAAAGUGUGUGUGCCUCCAUCUCUUCCAAAGCCCCUGGCUGGUCUUUGCUGAAGCCCCUUUGUAAAGAGUAACGGACUCUCUCCUGCAGCGCUUAAGUGCCGUGCUAACUUGUGCUAAGGCAUAGAAGAAGUGAACGCGUAAAAAAAUCACCGCUUAAAUGCACGCAUAUAUACACGGCAAUUGUGAAGUCGAUUUAAGCCUACAGUAAGAACAUGUCAUCAUUAAGUAUAGCUGGCUACGUACGUUGCCAAAUAAGUUCAACAUACGUACAUUUAUUUUUAAAAAAAACUUUUAAAUAAAAUUUAUAUUCCUGAUACUAUUCUCUGUGUGCCAAAACUUAGGUGUGGAGUUGAGUUUUCACUUUCGUAGAAAUUGAUCAACUACGAUUUUACUUUAAACGCCACCGUUUCCCGGGCACGAUCUCUUAAUUGACUGAACAACUUCGUACGGCUUUAGCAUGGAGGGCACUAUAGACAAAAAACGUGUGCCCCCUACGCGGCUACAAACGGCCUUCUCCACCUUCGAGUGCCCCUCUGUUUAUUAAUCCUCUGGCGCUCCACCAAAUUACACGGCUGUCUAAACAUUUACGUCAGCAAAUUGACACGCGCGUGUGAUGGUCGCCGGAUGGAGAGCAUUCCUGUACAGGGGGUUAUUUACGGAGAGCUUACGAGCGUUCAAUGGCGUUCCACGGUGCGAUCCGUGGCCACUGCCAGUGACGCUCAGAGCGAUGACCUCAUCUGCCAGCCUUAUUAGGAACCAGGCAGUAUAUGAACCCAGAUCCUUGCACGAAAACGACGUUUGCCGCGGUAGUUCCCAGUGUGAGCAGGCGCUUCUGCUCCCCGCAGCCACCAGCCCUCACCCCGCCACCGCCCGUGGCUUUUACUCAUUUCUUCUUGGGGACUUCGAACGGAUCUUGCCGAACGGGAGGGGGGGGGGGUAGAAAUAAAUCUCGCGCUUCCUGCUCUCUCUUUUUGGCGGGCACUGCGAUCAUCCCAGUCCUGAAAGAUGCUGCUCGAUUGCUAGCCGCUGCCAUCCCAACGACGACAACACAAACGCGCGCGCAUUCACGCACACACGCACGCACACACACGGGAGAGCACCUCUUGUCUGGACCGUGCACACGGGGGGGGGGGGGGGGGAGGAGGAGAACCAACUCACCUCACAGCAGCCACGUCGGUUCGCGAGACUCUCGCGCUGGCCAUGUCGUUCGGGUACCGCAAAGAGCUGGACAAGUACGAGGAGGUGGACGAGGAUGAGCUCCUGGCUGCGCUCUCGCCCGAGGAGCUGCGGGAGCUCGAGCGCGAGCUGGACAGCAUCGACCCCGAUGAGUCUCUGCCCCUGGGCCACAGGCAGAAAAGCGCGACCAACAAAGCACCGACCGGCAACUACAGCCGCAAGGGCCUCCUCACCUACUGGGAGAAGGAGACCAAGAAGAUGCUGGAGGAGGAGCACCUCCCCGCGUCGUUGCUCGAUGGACAGAAUUCCGAAGAUGACGAUGACAGUCACGAUGCCGUGGACAACCGCAAACAGGAAGAAAAACCCACGAUGGCACCGAAACAGGACAAUCAGGCCCAGCAGCAGCAGGCAGCAAACGCGGAAGAUCAACGCGCAGCGGACGAAGACAGCAGCGACAAAGACGGAAGCGACGACGAUGACGACGAUGACGACGACGACGAUGAUGACGAUGACGAAGGGGUGGCGAGCGAGCAGACGUCCGAGGAAGAGGAGUUCGUGAAGCCACACGUGAAAGCGCCCGUGCAGCAGGCGAGCGCCCCUGCCAAGACCGCCGACCCCACGCCCGAGAGGAAGCAAGCGGCGGCCACGCCAAAGCCCAGCGUAGCGAAGAAGGCGGCCCCGUUGCCCGCCAGCGAGGCGCCCGGCUCCAGCGGCUCCAACGGCAACCCCACGGUGGCUGAGGAGGCUCUGGAACGCGUGCGCGACAACGACCCCGAGACGACCGAGGUGAACCUCAACAACGUCGACAACGUGACAGCCGAGACGAUGAUCGAGUUCGCGCAGGCGCUGCGGACGAACGGCACCGUGCGCUCCUUCAGCCUGGCAAACACGCGGGCCGACGACCGCGUGGCUAUCGCGCUCGGCGCCAUGCUCGCGGAGAACGAGAGCAUCACGAGCCUCAACAUCGAGUCUAACUACGUCAGCGGAAAGGGCAUCCUGGCCAUCAUCAAGGCCCUACAGGUCAACAGAACGCUCACCGAGCUCCGCUUCCACAACCAGCGCCACAUUCUCGGUGGCAAGGCGGAGAUGGAGAUCGCCAAGGUGCUGCGCGAGAACGACACCCUCCUCAAGCUGGGCUACCACUUCGAGUUGGGUGGCCCCAGGAUGACCGUCACUGGCAUUCUGAGCAGGAACAUGGACAAGCAGCGGCAGCGGAGGCUGCAGGAGCAGAAGCAAGGGCAGCAACAGCAGAAGCAGCAGCAGGACAACUCCGCCAGCCCGAAGCCCGUCAACAAGCACCUGAACAUCACGUCGCCGAAGGCGUCCCCUCUGCCGUCCCCAAAAACCUCUCCUUGCCCCUCGCCCCUCGUCGCCAAGAAGGAGGUGAAGAGUGCAGCCCAGAAGACGGAGGUGCGGGCACCGGCCACACCUCGGGUUGCUCCACCUGCUGCUCCUCCUGCUGCUCCUCCUCCUCCUCCACCGCCUCCACCUCCUCCUCCGCCACCGCCUGCACAGCAGCAGCAGAAGGUGCAAGCCAAGCCCACGCGGAAAAUUGCCGAGAUCAUCAAGGAGCAGGACAAGAGCAAGAAGGGCAAGAAGAGUAAGACGGAGGAGGGCGGCAGCAACAAGAGCAGGCACCCUCGCAACGGCGAGUCAAAACAGCUGGUCUCGCUCAAGGGCUCGCUGCGCCCUGUGUCGAAGAAGGUGGAGAAGAAGCAACAACAGGACGAUUCUAGGCCCUCAACCCCACAGGCCAACUCACACGACCAGCUGAUGGAUGCUAUAAAGUGCAGCACUAUCAAGCAGCUCAAGAAGGUGGAAGUACCCAAACUUCUGCAGUGAUGAAGCUGAACUGACACCACAGUGCAGGCUCAAAGGGAAAGGGGUGGAAGUUUAAAAAUGAUGUAAAACAAAGCACGCCGAAACUCCUCCUCUGCCGCUUUUAAAACUCGGUUGCCGCCCGACAGAGCUGUGGAAUUUU